GAGGGAAAAGGUAAAAAUACAAGUAUGGCUGUUGUUGCUUCAGCCUGGCCUUAAUUACCAGACACAAGAAGCAGUUCAGAAAUCUGGUCUCUGUUGUUGUAGAGGUCACCAAAUCAUUAACAUCGUCAAUCUGGCAGUAGCUAAUUUAAAUAGCACCUGAUGUUGCAACGCCUCCCUUCGUUUCCCUAGCCAAUCAGAUCCUGGCUUCUGCUGACAGAUGGUCCCAUAAAUGGAUGUAAAAAGGGGAAGCUUCGAGCCAAUUUCAGCAAGGCUCUGUUCAGUUGUUCUUAUCUACAUCCUAGAAUCGGGGGUUUCAGCUCACUGCUCCUUUUCUUUCUUUUUUUUUCUUUCUCUCCCCCCAUCCCCCCAAAAUAAUUGAUUUGCUUUACAAUCAUCCACACUGUGUUUUGUGGAUCUUUUAAAAUAUAUAACAAUAGUAGUCAUUUAAAAAUAUAUUCUGAAACCUUUGCAAAUUUUAAGAGAAGAGUCGAAGCUCUGCGAGACCCAAUAUUUGCCAAUAAGAAUGGUUAUGAUAAUUAGCACCAUGGAGCCUCAGGUGUCAAAUGGCCCGACAUCCAAUACAAGCAAUGGACCCUCCAGCAACAAUAGAAACUGUCCUUCUCCCAUGCAGACAGGGGCAGCCACAGAUGACAGCAAAACCAACCUCAUAGUCAACUAUUUACCCCAGAAUAUGACCCAAGAGGAAUUCAGGAGUCUCUUUGGGAGCAUUGGUGAAAUAGAAUCCUGCAAACUCGUGAGAGACAAAAUUACAGGACAGAGUUUAGGGUAUGGAUUCGUUAACUAUAUUGAUCCAAAGGAUGCAGAGAAAGCCAUCAACACUUUAAACGGACUCAGACUCCAGACCAAAACCAUAAAGGUCUCAUAUGCCCGUCCGAGCUCUGCCUCAAUCAGGGAUGCUAACCUCUACGUUAGUGGUCUCCCCAAAACCAUGACCCAGAAGGAACUGGAGCAGCUUUUUUCACAAUAUGGCCGUAUCAUCACCUCACGAAUCCUGGUUGAUCAAGUCACAGGAGUGUCCAGAGGGGUGGGAUUCAUCCGGUUUGAUAAGAGGAUCGAGGCAGAAGAAGCCAUCAAAGGGCUGAAUGGCCAGAAGCCCAGCGGUGCUACGGAACCGAUUACUGUGAAGUUUGCCAACAACCCCAGCCAGAAGUCCAGCCAGGCCCUGCUGUCCCAGCUUUACCAGUCCCCCAACCGGCGCUACCCCGGCCCACUCCACCACCAGGCUCAGAGGUUCAGGCUGGACAAUUUGCUUAAUAUGGCCUAUGGCGUAAAGAGACUGAUGUCUGGACCAGUCCCCCCUUCUGCUUGUCCCCCCAGGUUCUCUCCAAUCACCAUUGACGGGAUGACAAGCCUUGUGGGAAUGAACAUCCCUGGCCACACAGGAACAGGCUGGUGCAUCUUUGUCUACAACCUGUCCCCGGAUUCCGACGAGAGUGUCCUCUGGCAGCUCUUCGGCCCCUUCGGGGCGGUGAACAACGUCAAAGUCAUCCGUGACUUCAACACCAACAAGUGCAAGGGAUUCGGCUUUGUCACCAUGACCAAUUAUGACGAGGCCGCCAUGGCCAUCGCCAGCCUCAACGGGUACCGCCUGGGAGACCGAGUGUUACAAGUUUCCUUUAAAACCAACAAAGCCCACAAGUCCUGAAUUUCCCAUCCUUACUUAUUAAAAUAUAUAUAUAAAUAUAUACGAACAAAACACAUGCGCGCACACACACACAUACACACGCACACACACAAAAGAGAGAGAAACAAACUUUUCAAGGCUUAUAUUCAACCAUGGACUUUAUAAGCCAGUGUUGCCUAAGUAUUAAAACAUUGGAUUAUCCUGAGGUGUACCAGGAAAGGAUUUUAUAAUGCUUAGAAAAAAAGAAAAAAAAAACACAAAAAAAAUACCUUUGAUGCAUUGAAUGUUCUUUCAUAGCUGUCGUUGUUGACUAUAAUAUACAUAGAUAGCGACGUGCAGGGAUUUUUACCCAGCCAGCUAACUUUACUACCUUCCUUGAAGGUGGGUCUUUUUAAGAUGACCAUUCGCUCAUUUGAAGAAGAAAAACAAAAAACAAAAAAAAAAUAAUAAAAAUAAAACAAUUUUUACAAAGUAACGGGAUUCAAAGAAAGAAAAAAAAAAAAGAUAUUUCUUUUUUGUCAAAAUGUUGAUCCAAUCAGAUUGGUUAAAAAAAAAAACCCACACAAAUUAAAGAGGAAUAAUAAAAAUUGCAAAACUUAAAAAAACUUUUGCAAAUUUUUUUAUUUUUCCUUUUUUCUUUUAUAUCAUGUGAACUAAAACAGUCUUCUGUUAGGGGAUGGGGGCAAGGGGGAUACCUGAUGACAUUAACAAUUUAAUAACAUUAACAUUGUUGCCAAAGAGGUGGUCUCUUUGCUGAAAAUGGGUUUCAAGAAAAAUCUAUUUUUAUAAAAUAUAAAGAAUUUUUACAAGAGAAUCUGGAUUUGAGAAAAAAAUAUUUUGACUGGCUAAUUUAGGGGAAAUUGACAACUUUGUCACGUUCAUACUGCACUGGUAACUUUUUAGAGAUCAAGAUGUGUGUUUUAAACUGGAUUCGUAGACUGUUUUUUGAAGGAUGGGCUAUAAACAGAUGAUCUUCAUAUCUUUUCAUAGCAUGUAAUAAUAAUUAAAAAAUUAUUAAUUACUAGGGGAAAGGAGUGUUCGUUCUACCCAGGGUACCACAGUUCCCCACAGUCAAAACCCAAAAGCAAGGAGAUGAGUUGAAAGACAGUUUUUCUUUAAGUCAUCAGUAUGGGAUGUCAGCAGAACAAAAAUUAAAAAGAUUAAUUUUCCUUUUGAUCUAAAACUUCCUUAGUUUGAGCAGUAGGUGCUACGAAAUUAUUUACAUAUCUUAGUAUCAUAGUUAAAUGUAAUGUGUUUAGGAGAGGAAAACAAAAGAUACAUUUGCUUUAAAUUCAUUAAGGAAUUUUCAAAUUCACUUUGUAGCCCAUGCUGAUAGAAUUGGGCUGUGUUGGUACAUUUGAAACACUGUUUAUGUUGCUUGAAACACUUAUUUAUUUAAUCGCCGAUGUGAUGAUGCCUAUGGCCGAGAUCAAAUAUAGCUAGAUUGGCUAGACUACUUAUUUGUUUACUUAAACUAUGGGAAGAAGCAUAUUAUUGUGUCAUUCUGUUGUGUGUGUAUGUGUAUAUACAAUAUAAAUAUAUAUAUAUAAAGUUAUUUUUCCUUUGGGUUAAUUUAUUAUAAGUUGUAACACUUGGCUAGUUUUGUUUGUAUAUGUCUUAAAAAUGUUUUCUUAUGAUAUUUAAGUGACAGUUAAAGAGGUAUCAAGGUAACUUGUGUAGAACUAUUGUUUGAUAUAUUGUCAUGUUUGUUGUGAAUAUUUUUUCUUACUGCACAGUAGAAAAAUAAAAACAACUGGGUCUUUAUUUUAAUGUAAUUCAGAUUGGGGAAAACAAAACAGAGCUAAGGGAACAAAAUGACUGAGGGAGCAUUCUCCCACGUCCAGUGCACUGAUCAUUUUAGUAUGUUUGUGCUUUGUACGGUUAUAUAUUUAAAACAAAAACGAAACAAAAAAAUACAAGGGUUCAUGCUCUUCCCUGGGUAAUAGAAACAGUUACUCGCUAUGCAUAAUCUAGUUGAUAGUUAAAUUUGCUAUUGCUUUUCUUGUCUUGUUAUAUACAAUCUUUUCAAUACCAGUUUAGUCUUAAUGGUAAUAAAACGUUAUGGUUAUUUAUAA